GACCUUUCCAAAGUAUGGGACAAAAAUUGACGAGGGCACAAAAAUUGACAUCGACGAAGCGUGACAAUGGGUAUGAUCAGCAGGAACCCGAGGAUCAGCAGAAGUUGCAUAGUGACCCCUUACAGCAUCCACAGCGUGCACCACCAUCCCCACUACUUUUACAUCAUGCUACAGUAAGAAGACCUGAUGAGAUAGCUACAGAAAGAGAACCCGAGAAUGCUUCGAAGAACAACGGCGACUCGGCGCUGACCGAGACGGAAAAACAGAGACAAAACUUCCGUCCAAACAGACGUGUGUCUGCAGAUACGGUUGACAACGAACAACAAUUCAACGAAAGUAAACAUGUGUAUGAACAGUUACAAGAAACUGAAACUGAUACUGUUGCCAACAAAACAAAAGACAUCGGAAAACGUCAUACAGAUUGGGAAGAUUUUAUGAAUUGUUGGGAUAAAGACAUUGCAAAACGUAUCUUGGCUGAUCGCAUUUGUCCAACUGAAUUUGAAUUGAACAAGAUAUGCUGGCAUUUAGGUCGAAAAUGUGAGAUAGUCAAAGGAAUGGUAACUUUAAUUUGUAAAUGUAUCAUGGAAAAUAAUAGCAAGAUAGAAAGUUGUUUGCCAUUUUAUAGGCAGUACGAGGGGGACAAAUGUCUUAAGGUUGUAUUUGUAAUUGAAACAAAAGAGAAAAAAGUAAAUAUUCCCGAGUAUACAAUUAUGCAGAGAAAUAGAGAAGAACUGGACACAGAACAUUCUUUUGUUAUUGAGCAAGAGAUAAUAAAUGACAAACUCCCGAGCACAAAAAUAGAUAAUGCCUUUGGAACGACACUUAAGAAAGAACUUGAUGAACUCUGGACUGCACAUAGUAACUUAACAACAAUUACAAUGAGCUGUUACAAGUUAAGCAAAUACAGUUUAAAGUUGGAAGAAAAAGACUGUAUCGUUUUUUGUGUUGAUAGAAAGGGCUUGAUUCCUUUUGAAGAAGAGCUUUUCCCAAAAAAGGUAGGGGAUUUUGAAACCGAUGUUAGAGAAUGUCAUUUUUAUCUUCACGACAACUUAGGAGGUUGGCCAACACAUUUUCAUCAAAAUCUACUUCAAGGAUGCGAAAUUGGCUUUUAUGUCGCAAAUGAAAUACAAUUUGGAACAAUUGGUUGCUUUCUUACGAAAAGAAAUGAUCCAGACUAUUAUGCUUUGACUUGUGCACAUGUCGCUUUGAGCUACGAAGAGUAUACGAACAUAGAAGGAAAGGGUCCACAAAAAAAAUGUUUCCAACCAGUUGCGUCUAAUAAACAGGCGGGUACAUUAGAGGAAUCUGUUUCCGACGGAGAGGUCGACGUGUCAGUCAUCAAAUUAGAAAAAAGUAGAUUUCCACAAUCGUGCAACUUUCCAACAGGUAGGAUAAGAAAGGUGUCAACUGUACGCAUAACAAAACCACAUAUAUAUUUGUAAUAUAUUCUUAAUAGAUUUCAUUAUGAUUAAAACUUUAAGGCCGUGGUAUGGUGGCAUAUUUCUGCAUCCGCGAAAAAUAAAAGCUUUUCGAGAAAAUGAAUGCAGAUAUUUAGUGGACAAUUUCGCGAUAGUACCCACUUCUGCAGUUAAGAUACAAGAUCUUGAAAAUCAAUCUUUUCAUGAAAAGUUGUU